UGAUCAUUGGCAUUCGGCCUGGGAGAGACGCCGUCGCCGCGGAGCUAGUUCUGCUCCCAGCUGGCCGCCAGGAGUAGGGCGGCGGGUAAGUGGUCAAGAACGGCUGUAGGGGAUGUGCUGCUAGAGCAAACAUGAAUGUUGGAGUUGCCCACAGUGAGGUGAAUCCAAAUACCCGUGUAAUGAACAGCCGGGGUAUGUGGCUGACAUAUGCCUUGGGAGUUGGCUUGCUUCAUAUUGUUCUACUUAGUAUUCCCUUCUUCAGUGUUCCUGUUGCUUGGACCUUGACAAAUGUGAUACAUAAUCUGGGGAUGUAUGUAUUUUUGCAUGCAGUAAAAGGAACACCUUUUGAAACUCCUGACCAGGGUAAAGCACGGCUCCUAACUCAUUGGGAACAGCUGGACUAUGGAGUACAGUUUACAUCUUCACGGAAGUUUUUCACAAUUUCUCCAAUAAUUCUAUAUUUUCUGGCAAGUUUCUAUACGAAGUAUGAUCCAACUCACUUCAUCCUAAACACAGCUUCUCUCCUGAGUGUACUAAUUCCCAAAAUGCCACAGCUACAUGGUGUUCGGAUCUUUGGAAUUAAUAAGUAUUGAAAUGUUUUGAAAUGGAACAGAAAAUUUUUACAGCUACUGAAUUUUCUGUAAGGAAGGAGUGGUUAGUAAACUGCACUGUUUCCGUGAUAUUGUGAAAUGAGAAGUAUUUACACUGAAGGGCCAGUUGCUGGUUCUUCACAUUGCUCUUUUGAAGUGCAGGUAUUUACUAGAAGAUGCCUCUGUUUAAUGCAUAUGGUAUCUUUCUGAAGAGAGGUGUUAUAGGCAGGCUGGGCAGGCCCAGCUUAUAAGUUAAAUGGCUGUACACUGAAGGAUUAGUAGAUGAAUUCAAAGAAAUGAGAGAUUUAUAAGAAAACAAGACCAGCUUAGCUUAUAAUGAAUGGGCAUUAUGUUAGGAGAAGAAAAUUUCCAAUCAUUCAGUCAUGGUCAGUUUAAGCAGAGUUAACCUGUAAACCAGAAUCAUCUCUUUACAAGUUUAUUAUAGAUUGUUUUUAUUACCAUACAUGUUCCUCUUGUGUUGUAGAGGAGGAUAUUUCCCUCUUGUUUUAUACAAUCCAAUCCUUACCUUAUGAUUGUACUUUUUUUGCUUUUGCUGGCUCAACAUUGUGUUGAUAGAUUGAGGUCAUUUUUACAUUUAUUAAUUAAUGAGUUACAUUUAUUAAUGAGUUCAUGAAGGUCCACCUUCAUGACUGGUGACAGAAGACAGCUAGGCAUCUUACAAACAGCCUCUGAAUCAACCUUCUAAUUUUGGAACAGAAUGGGUUUUGUUGCCUUUCCAGACACAAGGCUGCUAAACCAAUUAAGAAAAUAAUUUAUUUCACACAGUUAGAGUAUAUGGUAAUUUAGAGGUCUCUGCUUAUUUGGUUGAUCAAUCUAAUUGUUAAAGUCUGCUGUUAUUUAGAAAAGGAAACAUAAAGUGGACAACUAUAUAGCCAACCUGUGGUCUGGCAGAAACUGCUUCUCUAGCAGUAGUACCAUAGUAAAUAAUGGAGUCUUCUUUAGCAGGUCUACAGCAAAAGAAAACAUCUUUCCUUAGUCCCCCUGCUCUCACUCCCCAUAUUUUGCUCAUUAAUGUUUGGCCUUUCAGUUCAUGGGUCUUGGUGUGGAUAACCCAAAGUGGUAACUCUUUCCAAAACAGCAACCAUAUUGAAUUCUUGUGACUUAGAGAAGCUUCCUAUAAUUGAUAUUAAUUAGUUGCAAAAAAUAACUGCAUACUACUUUGAGAAGUAAACAUGUCAAAACCAAAGUUCUGAUAUGGGAUGAGACUGAAAUAUCCAGUAACAUUUGUAAACAAAACUGAGUGACAAGAGUUAUAGACCAACUGAAAAAUCAAUUUGUUUCAAUAAACUGACUUAUGGGGGUAAUGAUCAUUGUUUUGUAUUUCAAAAGUACUGAGUUUAGAACUCCAUUGUAUGAUAUGCCUUUGUAUGUUUGUCUUUUACCCAUGUAUUUUUUAGUUAGUAAUCUAUACUUGAAUAAAACUUUUCUUUGGUGUAA